AAUGCCUAACUUUUGCGCUGGUUAGACCGUGUAGCACUGUGUUUCAUUAUAGUGCUGUUAGAUGUGAUAGUGCUUUUUUCGUGAAUAUGUUGCAUUACGCAACAAUGACAACCCCCGGCGCGAAUUAAUCAUGUGGUUUGAAUCACAGAACUGUGCCAUGAUGGGUUUGCAGGGUACCACAGGGAAACGAAAGUUAGAAGCAGCGGUUGCACCAGGUGAAUUAUCUCCAGCAAAGAAUGGUCGUUGGGAGGCACAAGACUGUAUAGCUCGUCUACAAGCAGUGGCGGUACCAAGUGACACGUGGCGUUCUCCAACACCCUCGCUCACCGCCACACUCCUUACGGACGAUUUCGAGGACGACGACGAUUUCGAGGACGAGCUAUCGGAUGACGAUCGAAUCCCGGGAAUACCCGAACCCGCGAGGUACCCGCAGUAUCCCCGCUACCCGCCGGAUUAUUGGCAGUACUAUCAGCCUCCUCAACAGCAGACGAUUCGCUGCGAAGAAAAUGGAAAAUCGUACCUGGAACUGGGCGCCGCGCCGCCGCAACGGACGAGGUGCUGCGACGGUAGGACGCGAUGGUGUCACAUCCCGUGUUACCGACAGAGACGUUUAGCCGUUCUUAAUCUUUCAAUGUGUAAAUUAGCGAGAUACCGACAAUGUUCGGAUCCCUCGUUACGUAGAUCUGUGUUAAUUUGUAAUACCUUAAGGAGGCUAGAGAGGGAAAUGGAAACGGAUCCCCCCGAACCUAGUUACUCGAAUCUUCCCGAACUCUCACCGCCAAGUAGAAUAUCGCCUGUUAUUCCUGAACCUAACUAUGAGCAAACUCUCAGGGAAAUGACCUGCUCGUCCGGUCGUGCCACUCCUUUUCCUUCUACGCUUCCUGAUUCCGAUUCCGGCAUCGGUGACGACGAUAUGACGAAACCGAUCAACUGGGGAUCCGUGCUGAGCCUUACCGCGCAAACGGACUUAGAACCUUUAAAUAACAACGAACUCUACGCUGAAUUAGGACUCUCUAGUGAUAUGACGCAAGAGUGGAAAGAACCGUCAACGUCGAGGUCGGACGAUUGGGACGGGUUCAUGCACGUCUUAGUCGGGGGUUCGUAGCAUUAACUUACGGCUUCUGCCUCCUUCCGGUUGUGAUUUUUAGCUAAAGACAUUUUAGUGCAGUGCAGCUGUUGUUGACUAUUUUUAUUUUUAUAUUUAAUAACGGAAUUUUUAUCUCGUAAUACAAACUCAAAGUACUUUUGAUGGUACUUAGGCGUUUACAUAAAUAACCCUUUGUUGACUUACCAACGUGGUUGAUCUCCGUCGCUCAAUAUUUUUAAGCUCAAGCGAGUUUCGAUUGUUUUAUUGAUAUUAGCUGGUGUUAUUGUCCCUGUUUGGGCAUUCCUGGUGUAUAUAGUCUUGCGUUUAUUGUACAUAUUGUACAUAAGAGUUUUAAUUAGGAUUAUCAAGUUUUUGUAAUAAUAAUAAUUCAUAUAUGUUAAAAAAAAUUUUAAAUGAUGUGUGAAUUUACAAACUUGGCAAUAUGGUUUCUAUAUUUUAAGUCUCCCGAGCUAUUUCAAAAACAUUUACUUUGCGGCGUUCGAGUUCCUUUAUUUUUAAAGUUACCGUACUAAGAGUACAACUUUUAAAGUAUUAUAUUUUACGUGUUGCAUAAAAUUCUUCCGUUACCUAAAUGGCGAAUGUUAACAUUUCUUUUUUAUUUUACACUUUUCAUUUCUAUUUAUUUAACAAUUGAAUUAUUUUUAUGCGGCAUUUUUAUCAAAUUUGUCAAUUAUUUUAGGAGAACCACAUAGCAUACGGGAGCAAAAUCUAGUCGAUCAUUAGCCGUUGUCAAAAAGAAGUAUGUGAGCCAGUAUUAUUUAAACACAACUUUUUUACCUAACCGAACAAAUGAUACUCGUUCAAACCGUCCUAACUUCUUGUAGAUGAUGGCUAUAAUGAGAUUCAUACAAGUUAUUUCGUAUAAUAAUUAAAUCUUGCCAUGACAAUUAUCGUUUUUUAUUUAAAAAGAAAUUUUGUAUCGAGUAAUACGUCUUUCUAAAAACCUGUAUGGUACAAUGGAAUUGAAAAAUGGCAGCUAUCGUUGCGACAAUUAAUGGGGGCGUAUUCUUGAUAUACAAAGAUAUGGCUAUAAGUGCAACAUAGAAAAUAUUUUUUGAAAUACUUUUCUUACGUUUUUAACAGAGGAAUAAACUACAAGGGCACAAGUAAUACUGUUAUAUAAUGAAGAAAUUGAAAUAGUAAAUUGUUGUGGUACGAUGAUGUAAUUAAUUUGUUGAGAUUCCAUUUAACAAAAUAGUUUAAUAUGAAAACUAAGGCAAUCAAUAUUAUACAGUUUUUAUGGAAAAUAGCUGUGUUUUAUUCUAAAACUGAUAUAUUUGCGAAAAUGAAAUUUUAAAAGUAUUUUGAUAAGAUUGCAAUAAGAAAUUUUGAAACUCGUUGUUUCUUUGCUUGAUUUCUAUUAACAAAUAAAUUUAUUUAUUGCUAACUACAACGAUAUAUAUAUAGAAUUAUUUAUUAAAAAGAAUUAAAAGUGAGACUCUUAUUUCUUGAUGGAAAUCAGGCUUUAGUUAUAAAUUUAAUUACUUGUACUUCGUCCCCACAUCGACGUGAUGUCAAUAAUAAUUACGUACAACACUGAUUGUGUGCAAGUAACAUGUGAUAUCAUGUAAUAUGUUAGUGUUAAGAAUAAAUCCGUAUAUAUAUAAUUAAUAUAUAUACAUUUACAUGGA